AUGAGCAUGGAUCUAGCCGCCCUGCUGAGCGGGCAACACGACAUUUAUGGCCGCAUCACCCGGUCAGUGGACAAUCUCAAGAAGAUGGGCGCAGCGAACAUAACGCUCUGCGCCGUCGAAACACGCCGCGCAAUCCUCGAUCAGCUGUGGGUGAAGUUCGAGGCUCACCACGAGGCCAUCCGUAACGCCUACAAGGAACAGUUCAACGAGAGUGAGUACGUUAAAACCAAGCUCUUCGACACUGCUGAAGAUGCAUACGUACAGCAGCGAAGUGUGCUCACCGAUUACGCGAACGCGAUCGCAGCCGCACAGCUGCCGACGAAUACGGCUAGUCAAAGCGCGGAACAAUCGCACAAAACCUCCCUGCCUCGUAUAAAGUUGCAACCGUUCUCAGGCGCGUAUGAGGAGUGGCCGUCAUUCCGCGAUCUCUUCCUGUCCGUCAUCGGCAAUAAUUCGGCCAUCUCAGAUAUCGAGCGCUUCCACUAUCUCCGAUCGUGUCUGCAGGGCCAAGCUGAAAG